CAAAGAUGGGGAGAAGCUGAUUUGGUUCUCAUCAUGACGACGAAAUCUUCUUCCUCAGAAAUUCUAAACAACAAUACACCGAUCAAGAAUUCCAAUUCCAGUUCUUCCAGAUAUCUUCCAACAGUUUGUUUAGAAGAUUGGUGGUUGCUGAAAUCUGAAGAUGGAAAGAGAUUAUGCAUUGGAGGUUUAGUCUUAUCAGAAAAUCGAGCUAAGCGAGUAUUUUCCUCUGCACCAAUUACUAAGAGACAUAGUUUAAUGUCUCUUAAGUCAGCUGAUGGGAUCAACAUUUUAAUUCAAGGCCCUAUCAAUAAUUCUCGUUCUCAGGAAAAUGGGUUUUCUCCAGAGCAGGUUUGCAGUCGUUUCAUUGUGGGGUUUCCAUUUGGCUGGGAGGAUGUUGCUGAUCAAUGCUUGGACCAAGAAUCUGCUGGUGAUGGUGCUCCAGCUAGUAUGUCUUCCUUUGAUGAGUCAAAAGAAGUGCUGACUUCUCUGUCCAACAAGAAGACGUUCACUAACAUGAAAAGUGAAGAACCGGAAGAUCUUAGUUGCAGUUAUGAUACUGGUAUGGAUGAAGUUGUAAAAGAGUCUCCAGCAUCUACAAAUUCUGAUGUGAAAAAUGCUGAUUCAAAUGAGGCCAUUGUUGCUGUUGCUGUUCCAGUGGGCAUCCUGAGUACAAAGUUGGCUAAAGCCAAAGGUGGAGUUAAAAAAGGUAAAGUAGGUCGGAAAAAGAAGAAGGGAACAAAAUCACGUUCUAUUUCUGGGUCUACUGGCUGUGGAGUUGUACAAGUCCAUCUCAAAGAGGAUAUAAGUCAUGUUUCUGAAGGAAAGCUGGAAAGAUCUGUGUCAGAAACGCCCAUUGUAGCCAGUCCUAGUGUGCAAGAAAGAUCUGGAAGUUGCAAUUCUCAUACCAUGGAUGAGUCUACUCUGCAGAGCAUUCCCAAAGCUAACGUUAGUUGCUCGAUUGAAGUGGGUUUAGAUAAAACUACUAGCAGUAGGUUGAAUAAUAAGAAUAUAGCGUUGGAUUGUUGCAAUGACAAUGUCAAUAGUAUCCCUGAACCAAGAUUGGAGGCUAUUGAGACACAACAAAAAAAGUUCUUGAUUAGUAGCUGUGUUCCAAAUCCUUCUAGCUCUAAUAUUGACAAUGUAAAGGAGAUUAUGUGUUCACCUAAUAGCACAAGAACAGCUAGCAGAAUCAAAAUACUGGGAAACAAUUUGAAAAACAACCAACCUACCAAUAGUAAGAUUCUGCGUGAAAGAGAAAAAGUUGACUUUGUUUCCUUGGGUUCUGUUUCUGUAAAUAGUAAGGUAACAAGUACUGAUGGUAAACUAGGUGGCACAAGUACUCCUGAUCAGCCCAAUGUUCAACUGCAGGGGACUAUUCCUGGAAAACCACAUGAUGAUCAUUAUUCUAAAGAUGGGCUCCAGACAGAUUUUAUGCGUUCCCCUGUCCCUACUGGAGCUGUUGAAAAAAUUAAUUCCGGAAGUGGUAUUGAUGGCACAGAAGGUCGUGAGCUGAGAAAAUCUUGCACAUCUUUCUACAAGGUUGGUGAUGUGAAGGAUGCAAGUGACCUGGUGUCAAAGGGAAGUGAAGAAAGUAAACAUAGCCAACUGGAGAUGCCGGGAAGUAUCAUAAUGAAGGAAAAGGUACCUGCACUGCCUUCUUCUAACACUAAAAGGAAGAAACAAUCUUCAACUGCCCAAGAACGUGCUAAUCUUAAUGUCAAACGAACAAGAUCUGGAAGACUACUUUUACCUCCGUAGAGUUAUGGUGAAACCAACAAGUCCUGUAUUACAAGGUAUGUGAUAUAUAUGUCAUAUGUUCACACUUCGAGGUUGCUGACAUGCUCAGAACUACAGUUUAUAUUAGGAACUCUCUUUUCUACCCAACACUAUAUCCCUCACUGAAUUCCAUUUUACUAAUCACCUUUCACUAUUUAGUUUUCCCCCGUGGUUGCUCAAAGUCACAUCUACUAGUGGUUCCCCUUCUCUGUGAACUUUCUGUUUUUGUUCACGUUAGUUGUUUCUUGUUGGCACCGUCUUCCUUUUAAUAGGAGAGCUGAAAGCCAAACUUUCUUCUGUGUUGUAUGCUCUUGUAAAUUCUUUCCAGACUCUCAUCAUAAUAUGACUGGUUUAAAUUCCAAUUUUAGUAUCUUUAGAGUAAAA